AUGGUGACCUAUGCGGUUGUGGGCGCAGCCGGCUGGACAGGGCGCACCUGCGUCGAGGUGUUGCUGCAUCAAGGCUACAACGUCAGGGCGGUGGUGCGUGACCCCGACCGUGCCCGCGUCUUGUACCGGACCCAGCCCACCCUGUCUGGCCUCUCCAUCAGGGACGUGCCGGUCCCGGAACGGCUGCAGAUUGUGCGGGGGGAUGUGCGCGACCCCGAGUCGCUGCGCGCCGCCCUGCAGGGCUGCGCCGGUGUCAUCUACGCCGCCACCUCCAGCGGAUGGACGCAGCUGAGCGCCUUCUGGCGCACCAUGCGCACCACCAGCCCCAGGGAGGUCGACUUCCAGGGCGUGCAGAAUGUGGCGGAUAUGGCCCGGCAGCUGGGCGGCGUGGAGCGGCUGGUUCUGGUGUCUGCCUGCUACGUGACGCCCACCAACCGCUGGCAGCCCGCCCGCCUCUUCUGCAACACCCUGCUGGGCUGGGGGCUGAUGGAUUGGAAAUGGAAAGGCGAGGAGGCGCUGCGGCACAGCGGCCUGCCCUACACAAUUGUCCGCCCCGACUUCAUCACCGCCCGGGGCCCUCGCCAGCGGCAGCUGACGGUGCAGCAGGGCGAUGCAUCCUUUGACCGCUUCCACUCCACCUGUGUGGCCGACCUGGCGGCGGUCUGUGUGGCGGCCCUCACCGACCCCGCAGCCGCCAAUGUCACUCUGGAGCUGUUCAGCGACGCGCCGCCGCGGGGCGGGAAGGCGGUGCCGCUGGAGGAGCAGGUGCAGGGCGUCUUCCGGGGGCUGGCGCCAGACGGAGCGGCAGCGGCGGGUGCGCGGCAGGGCCAAGGCGGGGCGGGCGGCGGCGGCGGCCUCGCAGGGUAG